UCCCCCCUCCUCCGUUACCGUCUCCCCCCUUCCCACCUCCCCCACCCGCUGCUCAUCAACAUUCAACAGGAAUUCGAUUUGAUUUCGACUGAUUGCUUGAUUGCAACUCCGCCGCGAGAGAGGCCUUCGCUGCGCUACGUUCUUGCCGGGGUUGUUCUUCUUCGAUUUUUAGGGUUGCGGAGCCCUUGGAUUUCGCGUAGGAGAGCCUCCUCCCGGCCGUGUGAUGGACGCGAGGGAGAUGUGAAGCCUGGCUGUUAACUGAUGCUCGUGGAGAGAUUCGGAGGAGAGGAGCGCGCGGUGAGGAGGCGGUGGAGGCGGAAGCGCCGGAGAGUUGGGCACCAGCGCAGCCACGGACGACGCGCAGCCGCCGGGGGACGAGGCCUGGAACAGGGCUGCUCCGCCGCUGACGGCCGCCGCCGCCGCCUCCAUGGGGGAGUCGCUGCUCACCGCGCUCUCCAUGGACACCACCACGGCCCACCACCCGCACCAGGGCCCCUCCACCUUCCUCUCCAUGGACACUGCCUCCCACGACGAAUUCGACCUCUUCCUCCCGCCGCCAGGCCCUUUCCAGCGCUGCCUCCAUGCCGCCGCAGCCGCCCCCCCUGACAUCAACCUUCCCCUCGCCGCUGACCCGUCCCCUCCCCCUCCGGCCCUGCAGACCACCACCCUCCAUGAAUCCAACGUCGACAUGCUAGAUGUUGGCCUCGGCUGCCCGCAGCUCUAUGACUCGGACUCGCCUGCUGCUGCCGCCGCCACCUCGGCCCCAGUGUCCACCACAACAACUGUCCAUGUGUCUCACACCAAGAGCUCCGGUUCCAGCGCCGCACGCAAGUGCGUGAAGCGGAAUGAUAGCAUCUGGGGUGCAUGGUUCUUCUUCACCCACUACUUCAAGCCGGUUAUGUCGGCUGAUAAGGGCAGCAAGGCCAAGGCACCCACUGCUGCUGGGAAUGGUAAUAGUGCCACACUGGAUGCUUUCCUGGUGCAGCACGACAUGGAGAACAUGUACAUGUGGGUGUUUAAGGAUCGGCCGGAGAAUGCCCUGGGGAAGAUGCAGCUGAGGAGCUUCAUGAAUGGUCACUCGCGCCUUGGGGAGCCACAGUUUCCUUUCAGCGCAGACAAAGGGUUUGUGCGCUCACACCGGAUGCAGCGUAAGCACUACCGGGGGUUGUCAAACCCGCAGUGCCUUCAUGGGAUUGAGAUUGUGCGGACACCAAACUUAGUGGGUGUUCCUGAGGCUGAUAUGAAGAGGUGGUUUGAGCUCACUGGGAGAGAUGCCAAUUUCUCGGUUCCCACUGAGGCGGAUGAUUUUGAAUCAUGGAGGAAUCUGCCGACCACGGAAUUUGAGCUCGAGAGGCCUGCAACUGCUGCUCCAGCAAAGUGCACCUCACAUGGCCAUCACAAGAAGGUGCUGAAUGGUUCUGGCCUUAACCUGUCAACACAUGCAUCAAAGCAUGGUUCUGGGGAUGGUAUGGACAUCUCAGGCGUGUGCCACAAACGUAGGAAGGAUUCCUCCCCCUCUGCCAUGGAAGAGGAUUGCAGCAAUUCAAAUUCAGACAAGGUUCAGGACAUGGAUGUGAGCCACACUUUUGAGCCAUCAUGGACGAAUGACUUCACCGGUGUGAUGCGUCAUGCUUCUGGGCCAGUAACUGCCGCAAAAACAAUAUAUGAAGAUAGCAAGGGCUACUUGAUCAUCAUUAGCCUGCCAUUUGCUGAUAUACAGAAGGUGAAGGUUACCUGGAAGAAUACUCUUACGAAUGGCGUCGUCAAGGUAUCAUGCACUAGUGUCGGACGGAUGCCAUUCUUGAAGCGACAUGAUCGGACCUUCAAGUUGACGGAUCCUUCACCUGAGCAUUGUCCACCAGGGGAGUUCAUCCGGGAAGUUCCACUGCCUACCCGGAUCCCAGAAGAUGCUACUCUGGAAGCAUACUGUGAUGAAUCAGGAACAGGCCUAGAGAUUAUUGUCCCUAAACACCGUGCUGGACCUGAAGAACAUGAAGUCCGUGUGUCCCUGAGGCCUCCCUCAUCAUGGUGCCAAUGAAAACAUGUUGAAGUAUGCGGGGAGACAAGGUGUGGAUGUUACCAUACAACAAAUGCAGCUCAGUUUUGCUAAUUGUGACGGAGCAGUCCUAGUCGAUUGAAGCAUUCUGGUAGUUGGAAGUUGGCAGCUGUGGAAAUUUAGGGGCAUGCUACAAGCCACAAGGAACAUAUCUGGAUUACUCACUCGCUCUAUGUUUUGGUAUCGUUGCUGGGGAGUACCUUGUGUAUUAUCUUUUGCUUUUGUGGAAUUUUUCUUUGUAUGAAAGGUUUGCCGCCCUGCUCAAUGUGCUUCCAUCUGUGCAUUACUCUGGUGAGCAUUCUGUUUAGGCAUUUAUGGUCAGUAUUCAUAGGUUGGUGAGAAGUCUGCUUUGUGGGUGUUCCUGAAAAUUUCAUCCAGGAAAGGAGUUCAUGCAAGUGUUUCUAGGAUUUGUCCAUGUUUUGUGGGUACUAUAUUGUUUUUAUUAGCAUUCAAACGCUUUCCAGGAAAUUGCUGGAAGGCGAGUGCAAUUGUUUGAAGGUACCAGUGUAAACAAUCCGUCAUCAAUAUAGAUUUUAGUCUUUAUCAGUUA